GAAACGCCGCUGCGGAACAGCCCCAGCCCCCCCAACAGCACCGGAGGCACGAUUGACAGCGAUAGCUGGGACCCCCGGUUCAAUGACAUCCCCUCUUCCGUUUCCCUGCCCGCCAAGAACAGAAAGAGCUUCAGUCAGCUCAAGCGAGCGAAACCCUACGGUUCCCUGUUCCAGCGGGCAAAACCCGGCAACUUCCUGCCGGAGCGAAAGCAAAUCGAUAAGAUCAGGAAGAAGAAGAAGCUGAAGAGGAGGGAAACGGAGGUGUCUGCGGAGGAGGACUACGAGGAGAAGCUUCUGGAGCUGGAGGCGGAGGACUCUUACGUAGAGACACCGAUGAGCCCCUCUUCUGAGGGUGACCCCCAGUCUGCGACAGAACACUGCUCGGUGUGGGACUCUGACACACCUUCCAGUGUCUCCUACCCUGCCGUGUCGGCCGAGCAGACGGUGGAGAUCCAGAGCGUGGGCAAACGAACGGUCAUUCGGCAGGGCAAGCAGGUGGUCUUUCGGGAUGAGGAUGGUACUGGUGACGACGAGGACAUCAUGGUGGAUUCAGACGACGACUCGUGGGACCUCGUCACUUGCUUCUGCAUGAAGCCUUUCGCCGGGCGGCCGAUGAUCGAGUGUAACGAGUGCCACACCUGGAUCCACCUCUCCUGCGCCAAAAUCCGCAAGUCGAACGUCCCAGAGGUCUACAUAUGCCAGAAGUGCCGGGACUCCAAGUUUGACAUUCGCCGUUCGAACCGCUCCCGGACGGGCUCGCGCAGGCGCUUUCUGGACUAGGGGAGGGAGGCGCGUGCUGGUGCGCUGCUUGGGCGGGCGGGCGAGCCACGGACGCCGGCCAGGAGGCCAGGGAGAGCUCCCCCGAACUGCUGCUGCUCAGGCGGAAGGGCUGCCUGGCCGGCCUGCGGCAACAGGGACGAGGAACCGCCGAGUCGUGGGCAGCUGGGGCUGGAAGAGACCAGCUGGUCAAGACUGCUGCUGGAUACCGAUCAGCUCCAGGGACAGACUGAGCUCCCGGCGCUCGGUGGGGUUUUGUCUGGUUAAAACGACGAACUGGGUGAUGUCUGGGGAAUGUAUAAUACCUUUGCCACGUAUGUUUUCUCACCCCAUCGGGAAACUGCAAACCUCCUCUGUGCUAGGAAACUCGCUCUCCUCCGAAGAGGGAGGACGAGGGAAUCUGUGUGGAGUCUGAAAAGUAAAUGGCCAUGUGUUUUAAUUUUAAUGUAAUAUUAUACCUGCCCAUUUGUCCGUAUCUAUCCAUCUCAGAUAUCCUAAGGCUCUGUAGGAGUGAGCAUCAAUGCCCACCGACCUCUGUGCGAUCCGCCUCCUCGUCAGCGGGCCGGGCAGGAGGGGAGUUCAGUGAUUUGGCAUUGUUCAGGUGAAAACUGGACUUCCUCCUGUGCCGAGGGACCGGCCUAUUUCAAGGAAGGGAGCAGCCCCUGUUCUGGACAGGCAGUGCUGGGGAUUAGCGACACCAGAUUUCUUCCUAGAAGGUUUCUUCUUACAGUGAUUUUUCGUGACUUUGUUUUGCAUGAUUGGCUCAAAUGUGUGUACGGGGCGAUACCGUUAGCUGUGUUUCCCGGCCCUUCGUUAAACUCCAAGGUGCUGUUUAAGAAGACGAUGACUCUCCCUUUUCUCAGCCCAAAAUUUAAACGUGGACUGUAAAAGGGGCUGUAGUAAACUUAGAACC